CCUAGUCCUAAUUUGUAGAAUUUUCAUAUGCGGUAAGGGAAUUUAGAUGAAUCAAUUGAUUGUGAAUAUUCGGAUUUGCGGUAUAUUGAAUAUUGGCAUACCUUUACCUUUUUCUGGGUUUUGUCCUGAGUAUUCUGCAGGACUAUAGAAACGUAUGCACUCCAAAAAGGAUUAUAUCAAGUAUUUUUUUUUUUUUUUUUCUCACAAGACAAGAACACAAAAUUACAGACAUGGAGAUAAACGCAACACUGCCAGUACUUCUUUUUAUACUUUUUUUUUCUUCUUCUUCGAACAUAUAAUUAAUACUGAGUUGAAAUAAGUAGAUACAGAAAAUAGUUACUGUAACAGCUUUCAAGCAAUUUUAUAUUUUCUAUUUAUACAUUUAUUGCAUUCUAUGUGGAUAUGAUCUAUAAUCAGAUGAAUGUCCGAUUCGGGAUACGCAUAAUGAGUGAAAGCCGGGGAUUACGAUGGUAUCUGAGUGCUCUAGAACAACAAACACAUUAUGAGCGUCUAGAGCUUUCUCGAGAUGCAUCAAUAAAAGAGGUGAAAAAGCAAUUCAAGGUCCUUAGUAAGAAAUAUCAUCCUGAUUUGAAUUCUCAUUUGACAGAAGAAGAGAAAGUAUUAAAUAAUGAUAGAUUUGUUUUAAUUGUAUCUUCAUAUGAUAUACUCAAGGAUGCAAAGAAGAAACGUCAAUAUGAUCUAGAACUAAAUGGAGGUAGGCCCAUAAACCAUAGUAGUGCUAGGAAAAACCUGGAGUGGCAUAAUAAGUACUAUGGGGAAGCCAAAUAUUAUUCUAAAGCCAAUGGUAGUUCAUCAUAUUCAGGAUCGGGACUUAAUAGAGAUAGGCACAAGUCAAAGAAUUUUGGAUCAGAUCACUUAAAUAAUUCAACAUUCUCUGGAAGACAUGUUAAUUAUGGAGAUCGAUUUGAUGUACCACAUUUCAAUUAUAAAGAACAUUUAACAAAACAUUUAAAAUUUGAACAAAGACUUCUUAAUAAGAAUUUAAGUGCUUCAGAUGUAGAGAAAAUCAUCAAACAACUCAAUAAAAGCGGAGAUCAAUCUCAAGUUGAUGAAGAAUUACUCACUAAACAUUUAAUGAGACAAGCCAAAAGAAAUCAAGAAAAUGCCAAUAAUCCUCAUACACAAUCAUUUGCAUCAAGAAAUUCAUCAUCAUCAUCAUCUAGUACAAACCAACAUAUGUAUCAUGGGCCGCAACUGACUGACAAUGACAAUACAGUUUUCAAAGCAUGUGCCAUUUUGGGAGCUGGUAGCUCCUUAUAUUUUAUAUGGCAUCUAUUCUAG